AGGGAAGGAUUACGUUCUGUCCGGAUCUGCAUGAAUAGCUCGAUCUAGGUGCUAGUCUUUAACUCAGCUUGUCUUGCCUUUUGUUUUCCUCAGACUUGAUUUCUUUUCAUUUUCAUACUGUACAAUCUCAGUCUAUCCUCAUCUAUUCGCCGUCGAUUCGACAACGCCAACAUGCCGCCCCGACAUACAGAUGAUGACGCGCAACUAGCGGCCAUGGGCCACAAGGCCGAAUUGCAACGAAAUUAUUCCAUGUUGUCGAUGCUGGGUCUUGCUUUUGCGAUUUUGAACUCAUGGACUGCGCUGUCGGCUAGUAUGUCGUUGAGUCUGCCGUCCGGAGGUAGCACGAGCGUUGUCUGGGGCCUGAUUACGGCUGGUAUCUGCAAUUUGUGUAUUGCUGCAUCGCUCGCCGAGUUUCUGUCCAUGUACCCUACUGCCGGAGGUCAAUAUCAUUGGGUUGCUGUUUCAUGGCCGAAAUGGGUUCCGGUCUUGUCUUGGAUUACCGGUUGGGUCAAUGUUGCCGGAUGGAUUGCCCUCGUCGCUACAGCCGGUCUUUUGGCAAGUCAACUUAUUCUCGGGGUAAUUUCGUUGAUGAAUCCGGACUACGUCUCCGAACGAUGGCAUCAAUUCCUCAUCUAUAUUGGCUAUAACAUUGCCGCAUUCAUUAUCAAUGCAUUCAUGAACUCUGUCCUGCCUAUGGUAACACGAGCUGCGUUCAUUUGGUCCAUUACCGGCUUCGUGAUUGUUUCGAUUACGGUCUUGGCUUGUUCUUCGCCCAACUUCAAUUCUGGAGACUUCGUCUUUCGUGAAUUUUUGAAUGAGACUGGCUGGCCGGAUGGCAUUGCCUGGUUGCUCGGAUUGCUCCAAGGUGGACUCGGUGUUACUGGAUAUGACGCGGUUGCUCACAUGAUAGAAGAAAUCCCCAAUGCUGCUAUUGAAGGCCCCAAGAUCAUGCUCUAUUGCGUAUGCAUUGGCACAUUCACAGGCACAGUCUUCCUCGUCGUACUACUCUUCGUACCGGGUAACAUCGAUGAUAUCAUUUCCUCCUCGGCCGGCCCCUUGCUACAGAUUCUCGAUAACGCAACUAAGAACCACGCAGGGGCUAUCUGUCUUUUAAUGGUUCCAUUAGUUUGUCUGCUAUUUGCGGCUAUCACCAUCAUGACUACGUCCAGCCGUAUGGUGUAUGCCUUUGCUCGUGAUGGAGGUUUACCUGCAUCUCGCUUUUUUGCUCGUGUUCACAAGAGGUUGAAUGUACCUUUGAAUGCGUUGUAUUUGACUACUAGCCUGGUUAUCAUUUUUGGUCUUAUUUUCCUCGGAUCUUCUAGUGCAUUUAAUGCAAUCAUCUCUGCAUCUGUCGUGGCCCUUGACGUCUCUUACGGCAUGCCCAUCGCGAUCAAUGUUAUCCGUGGUCGAAAGAUGAUUACAGAGAGUCCGUGGAAGAUGCCUGAGCCUCUUGCAUGGGCUGCCAAUAUUAUUUCGCUUGUAUACAUCAUCCUCACAACAGUCCUCUUCCUCUUCCCACCCGAGUUACCAGUCACGCCUAGUAACAUGAACUACUGCGUCGUCGCUUUCGGCAUCGUGUUAAUCAUCUCUCUGUUUCAAUGGGUAAUUGACGGAAGAAAGAACUUCAUCGGACCGCGCAUCAAUCUCGAUGAAUUGAGUCAGGGAGUCACUAUUGGGCAGGUAUCUCUUGAGCAGCAGGAUUAUACCGAUGAGACGAGUAAAAAGGUUGCUGUGAUGCAGUCUUAAUCGUCUGGUGGGGUUGGAACUGACUGAACAUGUAUAUAAGAGUCUACCUAGGUAACUAGGUAGUCAGUGUAUAGUCCAAAAGAAAUAUGAAAGGAUAACUGUC